AUGUCCGCCUUCAAGCGCGCGUUUGCCCUCCCUAAGGAGGAAAUCGAGAAGUUGACACCGCCGGGAACUACUGUCCUUAUCCAUCGCGAAGAUCAGAAUAGGGAGGGGGGCGGACACAUCGUGUUGGUCCCUGAUCCUUCAGACGAUCCGGCCGAUCCUUUGAACUGGAAGUGGUGGAGCAAGGUCGGCCUCCUAAUCUGCGCAUCUUUCUAUGCGUUCGUUGGGAACUUCACAUCCGCUUCCAUUGCCAGUGCAUUUCCUCUUCUAGCAACGCCGGCGGUGUUCAACCCGCCAGUGCCGAUGAAACGGUUAUCCUACCUCGUUGCCGUGAAUGUUUUGCUCUUGGGCGCCGCAAAUCUUUGGAAUGUGCCUUUGGCCAAUACUUUUGGCAGGCGACCGGUAGUAUUGUUCAGCCUCCUCCUUCUGACCCUCAGCUCGAUGUGGGCUGGACUGGCGACUAGCUUCGGAAGCUUGCUUGCCGCUCGUGCAUUUAUGGGAGUUGGUGCUUCCGUUUCUGAGACUUUAUCUCCUGCUGCAAUCGGGGAGGUGUUUUUUGUCCACCAGCGGGGACGCGCUAUGGCUGUCUACACCAUGAGCAUCGCGCUCGGUCCAUUUUUGGGCGGCCUUAGUGGAAGCUACAUUGCUUUCCGUUACGGAAUAUCGUGGCUCCACUGGGCCAACGUGAUCCUGUCAGCAAUUUGUCUUGCUCUCUGUUUUUUCCUGCUACCCGAGACGCUGUAUGUGCGAAAGCAGCGUCUAAGCACAGUCCGGACGGGGGACGAGCGAGAAAAAUCCGAUGCCCGCUUCGAAAAAACAAUCGAAGAAUCAAUAUCACCUCCGAGCUACAAGACCUUCACGUUCGCCCAGUCCCUCAAAGUCGGGCGAUAUGAGGGCGGGUUACUAUCGAAGCUCGGAGGGCCUUGGCUCAGUCUCCGGUUGCCUGGAGUAUGGCUGGUCAUGUUUUGGUAUGCCGGUCUUGUUGGCGGGAUCGUCACCGUGACCACUAUUAGCCCCCAGGUCAUGGCUUCACCGCCAUACCUCUGGCAUGACCACAUCGGCCUAGCCAACGUGGGCGGCAUCGUCGGCACUUUCGUCGGCGCUGCAUACACUUACUUCGUAGCCGAUCGCGUCCUGACCGGCCAGGUGAAGCAUGAAGCCCAUGGCUUCGCGGAGUCGGAAUCACGGCUGAAAACAACCUUGCCGGGCCUUUUUGUUGCGACCACCGGUCUUUGGGUGUUCGGAUUUUGUGCGGACCAUCCUGGGGGUGCGAAGUGGGUGGGGAUGCAAUUCGGGUUAGGGAUGCUUGCAUUCGGUCUAAUACAGACGCCAUCAGUUGGAUUUAACUAUGCAAGUACCCUCCUGAAUUUGAUUAUUGAUUCAUAUGGCAAAGCGGCCAGUGACUGUUUUGUAGCAGUAGUAGGCAUGCGCGCAAUUAUUGCUUUUAGCUGGACAUUUUUUAUUGGCGAGUGGGUUGCAAAGGCAGGAACGUCAGUGCCGUUCGGUGUUUUUGGUGGGCUUAUGGGGAUUUUCUCCUUAUUGGUCUUUGUCAUUCUGAUUUGGGGGAAGAGGUUCCGAGUCGCGACUGCACAGUGGGUCCAGUAG